UAUUGAAAACCGAAAAGUCAACCGAAACGCCGUCUCGAUGUCGUCUCUUACAUCCGGAACUGCGACGAGCUUUCGCCGGAAUCACAGUGCUUCCGGUGGGGGGAGAGAGAGAAAGAGUGCUGGGAAAAGUGAUGGAAUUCGAAGGUGAAGAGGAAAGAAGAUGGAGUUCGAAAGCAAAUUGCUCUGCUCUGGUUUAGUCCAAGAACCAGAGCAUAGCAAGUGGCGGGAAAAUGGUCGUAGUCGAAGCAGGGGCAGCCUUGGCAGUCGCAGAACGACGGUGCCGGCGGCGUCUUGGGGGUUUGGAGUACAAACGCCGUUAAGUUUUUAGGUUUUGGUUUGACGGUUUAGCACUUCAUGUGAAUGCUAACCCAUCCCCCCAAAUUCAAAACGUUUAAACAUCUCUCUUUGUCUCUCUCUCUCUCCUCACAAUUUCUCUCUCCUCUCACAAAUCCCUAUCCCUUAUAAAUGUUCCCCCACCCCACAGGCCACAUCUCAGCCAUUGGAACCCUAGAAAAAAACCCUAAUCCUCUCAAAACCCCAAUCUCACAUUUCCCACCACCAACAUCAACCGCAAAAAAUGGGCAAAAAGAAAGUGACCCAUCAACCCAUUGACACCAAAGAAGAAACCCACCACACUGCCCACAAAGCCGCCACAAUGGACGAGCCCUCCGAGAAGCUCGAGAACCUCAAGUCCCUCAACUCUCUGCUGCUCAAGGAGACCAAGGACCGCCGGCAGCAGGUGGAGGCUCUGGUGCAGGCCAAGGCGGGUUUGGAGUCCCAGCUGAGUCGGUUCCGGGUGGAAAGCGAGUCGCUUGUGAGCGAGUUGAGUUGGAAGAGCGAGGAAAAUGUUGGGUUGGAGUUGGAAAUGAGUGUUUAUGGUGUUUUUGUUCUGGCCCAGUUGGGGCAAAUGAUGAGAGAGAAAGCUGAGGUUGAGAAGGCGAUGAGUGAGAGAGAGGGUGAGAUUGUGGGGCUGAAGAGGGAUGUGGAGGAGCUUGCCGGUGGGCUCGAAAUCGAGAUGGGGAAGCUGAGCAGAGUGUGCCGGGAGAGGGAUUGUGUGAAGAGAGAUUUUGGUGGGGUGGCCGAGGAGGCGAAUGAGUUGAAGUUGAAAGUGGUGGAAAUGGAGAAGAAAGAGAGGGUUUUCGGCGAGGAAUUUGAGAAGUUGAAAGUGCAAUGUGAUGGGUUGGUGCAGGAGAAGUUUGGGAAGGAAAGGGAGGUUGAAAUUGCAAUGAGAGAGAAGGAGUUGGCCGAGAUGAAGCAUGCUGAGUCGGAGAGAGCGAUCGAGGACUUGAAGAGGGAGAUUGAGAGGGUUGUGAGAGAAAAGAAUGAGAUUGAGAAGGAAAAGACCGGGCAGGAAGCAAGGAUUUUUCAAUUGGAGAAUGAAGCGGGACAGUUGAGUAAUAUAGAAUUGGGUUUGAGGAAGGAGAAUGAAGCGUUGCAGAUGAAGGUUUUGGAGUUGGAGAAGAGUGUUGAGCAGGCUAUGGGGACGGGAGAGGUGCUGGAGAGGGAGAUUAAGGUUUUGGGGGAAGAGAAGAGGGAGAAGGAGCAGAGUUUCGAGAAGUUAAAUGAAGAAGUAAAAUCACAGAAGCAACUUUUGGAUAUGGUUACUGAGGAAUUGAAGAAAAAGGAGGAAAGAAUCAAGGAAAUCGAGCUAAAGAAGAGUGAGAUUGAGGAGGCAAAAGUGAAGCAAGAGAAAGAAAUUGCUGAAUUGAUAAGUCAAGUAGUAAAAGAAAGGGAUUUUGUGUGUACGUUGCAAAAUUCAUCCGACGAGCAGAAGGACAAGAAUGCGCGGUUGGUUUCUGAAGUUAGUCAAUAUAAAGAUGCCCUUGAUCGUGUUACGCAGGAGAAGGCAGAGGCUCUGAAGAAGUUGGAUGGGGAGAAGAAGAAAGUGGAAGACUUAAUGCUGACUAUUUCGGGGAGGGAGAAGACAAUUAAAGAAAUCAAGAAAGAGUUGGAGAAACUGAGGAGUGUUAGUGAGAACAUUGCCGAGGAAAACAAGGCCAUGGAGAGCCGGUCGGAAUCAUUGGUUAAGGAAAAAGAUUUGAUGCAGAAGAACCUUGUCGAGGCUCAGAGGAAAAUUCGUGAUUGGGAGGCUAAAUUUGAAUCAGAAGGAACCAAGUUGACGCGAGCUUUGACUAUGCUGAAGAACACCACAGCACACAUAUCUUCAACAUCCAAGGGCAAGGAAGAAGUGGCUACCAGUGAUCACAAUGUUGGGGAAGAAAUUCAGCCAUAUGUGGCGGAGUUGGAUGCCAUACAGAAUGCUUUCAGAAACAAGGAGAAGAUGGUUGGAGACUUGCAGAAACAACUCGAGUCUCUGCAGAAGUCAUCAGAGGCGCAGACGAAGAAGAGUUUCUGGACUCUGAUCUCCUCGGUGACAACCCUUAUUGCUGCAGCUUCAAUUGCAUAUGUUUCCAAAUCACGCUGA